AUGUCGCUCUGCCAAAACAGACUUCAGGAGGAGCGCAAGCAGUGGCGGAAGGACCACCCGUUUGGCUUCUUCGCGAAGCCUCAGCGCACCGCCCAGGGAACUCUUGACCUGAAGGUCUGGGAGUGUGGUGUCCCGGGCAAGGAGAAGACCAUUUGGGAAGGCGGGCUGUUCAAGCUUACCAUCACAUUUCCCGAGGAGUAUCCUACUAAGCCUCCCAAGUGCAAGUUCACACCCGCCCUGUUCCACCCGAACGUAUACCCUUCCGGCACCGUCUGCCUAUCGAUCCUGAAUGAAGAGGAGGCUUGGAAGCCCGCCAUUACGGUCAAGCAAAUCCUGCUCGGAAUCCAAAACCUUCUCGACGAGCCCAACCCCGAGUCGCCUGCGCAGGCUGAGGCCUACAGUCUUUUCAAGAAGGACAAGACGGAGUACGAGAAGCGUAUCAAGCGCGUUGUGAGAGACAACCCAGCUCCCUAG